ACACAUCCCUCGGUCUUAUAUCACUUUCCUUCCUCCUUUGCUUGCAGCCUCCACAACAUGGUUGACUUCUCCUGCUCCCAGCCUCUCUGGUGAUAUUUGUGACGUUCUGGGUGCAGAUUACACAUAACCGCAUAUAAAGGGGAAGUAGAGGAGAUCACACUUCCCGUCUGCCGCCCAUGGUAUUCACAAGCCCUUCAACGGACGAGAAGCUGGCAAUAAUGACCGACCCAGGGCUGGUUCUGUGAUGGCACCAGGGGUAUCCAACGCCCCAAAACAUGAUCAAGAUGGAGUCCAUGCCAUUGCUACGUGUCACCGUGAGAUGCCUGUCCUUCUGAGACCAGAUGGGUCACACUGUGGCUACUGUGCUUAACAUGGGACUAAGUGGGCGCUAUGUGGGCACAAUGACUGUUAUGGGGCCACAAAGUCAUAUACUGGGGCCACCAAGGAAUCUAAAGGAAGCCAUAGUUGCUAUUUUGGGGUCAUCAAGGCACCUGUUGGGGCCAUGAUUGGUAUUAUGGGAGUAGUUAGGACUCUAUAGGGGGCAUAGCUGUGGCCAUGUGACGUUAUAGCGCCGGAUAUUCGAGGAUAAGGCUUUGGCGGUUUGUACCUCAUUUUUCGGUGAUGACAACCAUGGCGACGCGGUGGGAAGCUGUGGAGCAUCUAGUGAUCGGGCAUCAAUGCAUCCUGGAAACGUCCCGUAAUCUGGAAAGCAGCCGCAGAAUCGCCCUCCAUUACUUUCACAUUUAUUAAUGGAAAAACUGCAAAAUCUACAGCAAAACAAUGUUUAUUUCACGGACUAAGGGCAGUGACGUCUGCCAGCCGAAGCCACGCCCACCGAGUCAUGUGACCUCAUCACAAUGUUGCUCUGGAUCUUGCUCAGUGUCUGCUGCAUCGCUGCAGCUCAACAGCGAAGCUCAUCUUCCUCUGGAGAAUAUGGUGGUGGUGGCGGUAAGCGCUUCACCCACACGGGAAACCAAUUGGACGGACCAAUCACAGGCAUGAGAAUUCGUGCAAACUACAACUGCAUCAUAGGGAUUCAGAUCCGCUAUGGGACCACCUGGUCAGACUAUAAGGGGGGCUCAUCCGGUGAGCUGGAGGAGAUCUUCCUGCACCCCGGGGAGGCCAUCAUCCAGGUUACAGGGUUCUAUAACUGGUAUAUGCGGAAGUUGGUGUUUGCUACAAAUAAAGGGCGUUACUUCUCGUUUGGGAAGGAUUACGGGAAGACUUUCAAUGCCGCCCCCCUGUUCCCCAACACCGUCCUCAGAUACAUCAGUGGCAGCUCGGGCUCCGCCAUCGAUGCCAUCAGCUUUCACUGGGAUUACACCAACAGUAACUGUGUACACUGUGCCAAGUGAUGAAUCAGAGCAUCGCACCAUGCUGCAGAGUAUUGCACCUUGUCACCUGACUCCCUCCCUGCAAUCACCCCCCCAUUCUUGAUUCAAGUUCCUGACGUUGCCCCUGAGUGGACGCCCCGGCGGAGCGGCACCAGGGACCCCGGUCUCCCCGAUUGUCUCUGAAAUAAAAC